CGAUGUCAUCUUUUAAAGGAAGUCAGGCUCAGAAGCCAAGGUUGUCUGUGUUUUCCAAGGGCCCACUGGAGAUUCCAUCUCCAACUGAGGCAGACUGGCCUAAGGAUGAUGAGAAGGAUUUUGUCUUCAAGGACGUGGAUCAAGAACUGGAUUCCCUUCCUCAGCCUUACCGGAUGAUCAACAAGCUGAUAAACCAUCUGUUUGACCGCUCAUGGGAAGUUAUUGAAAACAGAGAAUCUCUCAGGGAAAAUGUGAAGAACUGGACUGUGCCUGCCAUCUACCCUCCAACUGCAGAAAUCCAGCUCGACAAAAUGCCUGGCGGUAUGGCUGUCUCACAAGACUAUCUGUUUAUUGGAGGACCCAAAGGAUUCUCAAUCUAUAAUCUGCACAAUUACAAAAAAAUGCUUGUUUUGGAGAAGUUUAAGGUUGAUGUUAUUUCCAUCUGGGCCACAGAUUUGGGGAAUGACGUACUCAUUGUUCCCGUGGAUGAAAUGGGUAUUGUUAGAUUGUUUUACUUGUGUAAAGACAGCCUUUAUCUCAUCAAAGCCAUCAAUGAAACGGAUGACACCACCAAGCAAAGCACCUGUGUAAGGAUGGAGGUCUCUCAGAGCGGGGACUAUGCAGCUUUCCUCUUCCAAGGAGCUGGAGAUGUCUGGCUGGAAGUGUAUAAGUUGCCCAAGGAAAUUUGGCUAAAAGAAGUGGAGCACCCCCAAUUGACUCUAAAUCAAAAGAAAAAGCCCAAACAGCUGCAACUGAACACUCCUGAAUCUGCUGUUACAGAAAGCACAGAAAAGAGCUUGGGACCAAGUGUCAGCCCUAACACAACCCAGGACUUAAACAUUUCUUUUAAAAGUGACCUUAAGUUGAGUCUUCCAGUUUUUAUAAUGAAGAUUAAACCACCUAAGCCCAUAGCAGGCACCACAUUUAAAAGCCCCUUGGAAAUCUUUGCAAAGGUGGAGGACUACUUCGGGCUAGGCUCUGGGCAGAACCACUUUAUCAAGGAUGUGCAGUGGGAACAACACAUGGAGAUCUUCUAUGCCUCCUAUAAGAAGCACCUGGAAGGGGAGUGGGAAGAGGAGCCACUCAGUAUGGCCACCUUCCAUUUCUUCUAUACUAACUCCUUAACAACCACACCAACAGAUGUCAAGAGCUCUUCCGGAACAGCAUGUGUCCUUGGCAUACACUGGACUGGAAGUCACAAUUUCUUCCUCUAUUCACUGAACAAAACUCUGAAGGAUAAAACUGAUUGUGAGAAUGUGUGGCCCUGUGCUGCGCCCAUUGUAGUGUCUCAAAUCAGCAGCUUCUCCUCUUACCUGGCCCUUGCCUGUGAGGAUGGUGUGCUCAUUCUGUGGGACCUGGCUCAAGGAUUCCUCUUUGGGGUCAUUGCUCUGCCUGAAAGAUGUUUCUGCCAAAGCAUUCACUUCCUCCGGUUCUUCCUGGUGCACAAAGGACAAAAUGUGUACCCUGACUACCCAGUGAAGUUUGAAGUUAUAUGUGUAGUGCUAUGCACUAAUGCUUCCCUCCACCUCGUGACAGCCAGCGGGACCAAAGGACCCACCAGCAAGUUGCUUGUUGACAGCCCUACAAUGUCCCCAGAAGAAGCCAUUUAUACUGUGGCCCCAGUCCCAGCCUUGCCUGGCAUGGUGCUAAUCUUUUCCAGGAACUGCUCUGUAAGCCUCAUGGACGUGGCCAAGGUUGAGACUAUCUGUGCCUUCUCAGCCCCGACAUGCCACCCACCAGACAUCCCCUGGAAGCCACUGUUUGUUGUGUCUCCACACCAUCCAUUUUUUCUGCUUCAUGGGGCCCGUCCACAUGACAAUACCAACUCUACUCAUGAUCCCAAGGAUACCACAGAUUCUGUUUUCUAUUUUAAUUUUGAGGAUUACUCACUCCUGGAAGAUAUCUCCAAAAAGUGCACCGUUUCUCAAAAGGACUUGGCAUAUAACCAGGUGUUGUCAAUGGAGAAAAGAUACGAGCAGUUCCUCCAGAAGAGCUUCCAGAAGAGCCAGAUGAAAGGGCGUGAGCAGUGGUCCAGGCUUCGGAAGUACUCCAUCAUGCUCCAGAAAGAAAACUUAAAGAAGUGAGCACCCUGGAACGCCACAGCCCCUGCCCAGGAUGCCGAGAGGUAGAAAGACUGCGACAGAGAGCCACAGCUCAAAGCCUGGGACCUCCAUGGAGCCAGCAGAGCUGAGGUAUUUAGAGGACCUUCAAAUCCUGAGUGUCUCAUGGAGUUUAGAUGCCAUUUAAAUAAACAGACUGGCCACUGCU